AUGCUCCAGGCUGGCAAGCGCUGUGGAGUGAGGUAGGUUUUUUUUUUUUUAAACUCCAUGUAAAGGGGGAAGGCAGGAGAGAGUAAUCUUCUCCUUGCAGGAACUCUGUCUGCAAACAAUUGUUUUUUAAUUUUUAUAUAUAAUUCUUUAUUUUUGGAGUGCAAUUGUGAUUGACAGAAACAGUUGUCAGCAUGAAAUGAGAAUUUUAUACAUUGCUUUUUCACAUUAUGAACAUUGGUCACCCUAGCUAGUCUGCACUUUUUUUUAUUUUGCAUGCUCUGGUCUCUCGAGGCUAGGUGGAGGGUCGCAUGAACGGUGUGAUGUUCCUUGAAGUGAAGGGAGCCCAGAGUGUGCAAACAAUUUUUAUGCACAUAAUUGACACUGGCAGGCUGGGACAGAGUUCUCGAUUGCCAGUGCCGUGAGUGCUCUGCAACGGGUGCUGUCUGGGCCAGUGAGGGUGCUCUGCAAUGGGUGCUGUCUGGGCCAGUGAGGGUGCUCUGCAAUGGGUGCUGUCUGGGUCAAUGAGGGUGCUCUGCAAUGGGUGCUGUCUGGGCCAGUGAGGGUGCUCUGCAAUGGGUGCUGUCUGGGCCAGUGAGGGUUCUCUGCAAUGGGUGCUGUCUGGGCCAGUGAGGGUGCUCUGCAAUGGGUGCUGUCUGGGCCAGUGAGGGUGCUCUGCAAUGGGUGCUGUCUGGGCCAGUGAGGUGCUCUGCAAUGGGUGCUGUUUCUGCCAGUGAGGUGCUCUGCAAUGGGUGCUGUCUGGGCCAGUGAAGCUGCUCUGCAAUGGGUGCUGUCUGGGCCAGUGAGGGUGCUCUGCAAUGGGUGCUGUCUGGGCCAGUGAGGUGCUCUGCAAUGGGUGCUGUCUGGGCCAGUGAGGGGCUCUGCAAUGGGUGCUGUCUGGGCCAGUGAGGUGCUCUGCAAUGGGUGCUAUCUGGGACAGUGAGGGUGCUCUGCAAUAGGUGCUGUCUGGGCCAGUGAGGGUGCUCUGCAAUGGGUGCUGUCUGGGCCAGUGAGGUGCUCUGCAAUGGGUGCUGUCUGGGCCAGUGAGGUGCUCUGCAAUGGGUGCUGUCUGUGCCAGUGAGGGUGCUCUGCAGUGGGUGCUGUCUGGGCCAGUGAGGUGCUCUGCAGUGGGUGCUGUCUGUGCCACUGAGGUGCUCUGCAAUGGGUGCUGUCUGGGCCAGUGAGGGUGCUCUGCAAUGGGUGCUGUCUCUGCCACUGAGGUGCUCUGCAAUGGUUGCUGUCUGGGCCAGUGAGGUGCUCUGCAAUGGGUGCCGUCUGGGCCAGUGAGGUGCUCUGCAAUGGGUGCCGUCUGGGCCAGUGAGGGUGCUCUGCAAUGGUUUCCGUCUGGGCCAGUGAGGGUGCUCUGCAAUGGGUGCUGUCUGGGUCAGUGAGGUGCUCUGCAAUGGGUGCUGUUUCUGCCAGUGAGUGUGCUCUGCAAUGGGUGCUGUCUGGGUCAGUGAGGUGCUCUGCAAUGGGUGCUGUCUGUGCCAGUGAGGUGCUCUGCAAUGGGUGCUGUCUGGGUCAGUGAGGUGCUCUGCAAUGGGUGCUGUCUGGGUCAGUGAGGUGCUCUGCAAUGGGUGCUGUUUCUGCCAGUGAGCGUGCUCUGCAAUGGGAGCUGUCUGGGUCAGUGAGGUGCUCUGCAAUCAGUGCUGUCUGUGCCAGUGAGGUGCUCUGCAAUGGGUGCUGUUUCUGCCAGUGAGGGUGCUCUGCAAUGGGUGCUGUCUGGGCCAGUGAGGUGCUCUGCAAUGUGUGCUGUCUGGGUUAGUGAGGUGCUCUGCAGUGGGUGCUGUCUGUGCCAGUGAGGUGCUCUGCAAUGGGUGCUGUCUGGGCCAGUGAGGGGCUCUGCAGUGGGUGCUGUCUGUGCCAGUGAGGUGCUCUGCAAUGAGUGCUGUCUGGGCCAGUGAGGGGCUCUGCAGUGGGUGCUGUCUGUGCCAGUGAGGUGCUCUGCAAUGGGUGCUGUCUGGGCCAGUGAGGGGCUCUGCAAUGGGUGCUGUCUGGGCCAGUGAGGUGCUCUGCAAUGAGUGCUGUCUGUGCCAGUGAGGUGCUCUGCAAUGGGUGCUGUCUGGGUCAGUGAGGUGCUCUGCAAUGGGUGCUGUCUGUGCCAGUGAGGUGCUCUGCAAUGGGUGCUGUCUGGGUCAGUGAGGUGCUCUGCAAUGGGUGCUGUCUGGGUCAGUGAGGUGCUCUGCAAUGGGUGCUGUUUCUGCCAGUGAGCGUGCUCUGCAAUGGGAGCUGUCUGGGUCAGUGAGGUGCUCUGCAAUCAGUGCUGUCUGUGCCAGUGAGGUGCUCUGCAAUGGGUGCUGUUUCUGCCAGUGAGGGUGCUCUGCAAUGGGUGCUGUCUGGGCCAGUGAGGUGCUCUGCAAUGUGUGCUGUCUGGGUUAGUGAGGUGCUCUGCAGUGGGUGCUGUCUGUGCCAGUGAGGUGCUCUGCAAUGGGUGCUGUCUGGGCCAGUGAGGGGCUCUGCAGUGGGUGCUGUCUGUGCCAGUGAGGUGCUCUGCAAUGAGUGCUGUCUGGGCCAGUGAGGGGCUCUGCAGUGGGUGCUGUCUGUGCCAGUGAGGUGCUCUGCAAUGAGUGCUGUCUGGGCCAGUGAGGGGCUCUGCAAUGGGUGCUGUCUGGGCCAGUGAGGUGCUCUGCAAUGAGUGCUGUCUGUGCCAGUGAGGUGCUCUGCAAUGAGUGCUGUCUGGGCCAGUGAGUGCUGUCUGUGCCAGUGAGGUGCUCUGCAAUGAGUGCUGUCUGGGCCAGUGAGGGGCUCUGCAGUGGGUGCGCACCGUAAUAUCGAUGCAAAAAAACGCUAUAAUACACGUGAAAGGGUAAAUAAUAAAAUACACUUUAACCAAAUCCUGUUAUAAUAAACUUAUAAAGAGUGAAUUGUGCUGCUUAUCUAUCUAACCGAUUUACUGUAUGAAAACUUCCCUAACACAUAUAAUCACACCGGGCACCAGGGAACCUGCAGCAGCCAUCUUUGUGAAUACACAGAGCGCUAAACACCUUCCUGGCCGCCAGGCUGACAGUCCACCCUAAACUCUUUUACUUACAACAAGACUUCCGAUUCCUAUUGGAUAACAACGCCCUGCUUCGUUUUGAUUGGUUGAAACCUGUGGAAUCGUAUGUGAUUGGCUGAGAGUUCUAGCGCCUGGUUUGAAUCCUGCCGUUACGCACAGUCUGGUGGUAGUGAACCAGUCGGACUAAGGCACCUGAGCAGGGAGGUGAGUGCAGACACCGGGGACCAGCCAGCCGGUAAGGAGAUAUUCCCCUCCCUGGUUCUUAUAAUCCCCUUUAUAACUCACAUGGUGGGUCUGUGAAUUUAUUAUGGCAAAGAGAGCUCAGCAUACCAUAUAGCAUGUGUGCUAUAACUAGCUCUGAUAAAUAAAACAUGUGCAACUGGCUCAGGCUUCAAUUAGAUAGAUAAUAAUAAUUAUUGUGGGGUUUUUACAUUUAUUUUUGUAAUUGUUUUUCAAACCUUCCUUUUUUAAAAAAAAUGUAUUUUAUUUCCUGCAUGCCUGCUUAUUCAAAUGCUCCCUAAACAUGUGAUGCUAUAUUACCCCUCUUAAUCCUACACAAUUAAUAUGAUUAAUAAUAAUAAUAUACGUUAGCUAUCAUCUGUGGUACAAAAUGCUGACACAAUACAACUUUGACUUGUUUUUUUUAUUAAACUAAUUUUGAUUCACUAGAAUGGACUUUGUAUUGGUCAUAAUGGUGAAAAUGCACUGGCAUUUUUUUUUUAAUUGUUUUUGCAAGAUUUAUUUUUCUCUUUUGGUGUGUGUGUGUUGUGGUGUGUAUUUUUUUUUUAUUUAACAGAUGGUAAAAAGCCUGUGUUUACUUCCUGGAUGAUAUCAGAAAUCUCAUGCAGGUCUCUGAGUUUGCAAGAGUUCCAAAACCUCUAAGGACACAAAUGCUGUUGUUCGAGCUAUAACUAUUUAGCUCUGUACAGAACUAGAGUAGGCACAGUGGUAAACAGACUAUUAAAGAGAACCUUAGGAAACCUGAAAUUCCAACACAGUAUAUACAACAUAAUUAAGACCGAUCUUAGACAAAAUGUGGACCAGUUUCUUAUAUACUCUUCAGAUUAUGUCAAAGUUGGAUUUGUAAUAAGCUAGAUAAUGUAUUAUAUCUCAAUCAGCAGCUGAUGGGGAAAUACAUUUAAUUGUAAAGUGCACAAAGAUACAAUUUGCCAUUUUGUGGUAUCUAGGUUUAGGUUACAUGGCAUCUGGAGCAGAAAUUAUUAUUUAUUUAUUUAUUUUCAAAUAUAAGUUGGUAACAGACGCUUGAAAGAUUUUUCAAUUCAUAUCACAGUUUUGGCAUAGCCAGGGCACACAUUGCAAAUACCCCCUACUAUGUUCUAUGAUGGGAAAAGCCAGAACUUGUAACAUUGAUUGGUAUGGGUUGAGUUAAAGACGUGACACUGUGCACUUUGAAUGAGGCACCAUUACAGCAUUAUGCUAAUGAUGUUUGGUUCCUCAGAUGGUGCUACUUUUAAUUAAUUACCGGUACAUUGCAAUGAUUUAUUUCUAUUUGAAAUCGUCACUUUUAUCAAUAAUUAGAGAAAUGCAAUUAUCUAUUGCUUGAGGGCUAUAGCACCUAUGAUCCUGUACAUAAACACCCUGGAUUUGUCUGACUAGGUCAAAGAAUGGAAAACCGCACACGAUUGUUGUUCAAAAUGAGUCUCUGGUCACUUUCCCAGCACAGACUGAAAAUCUGUUCCGGGGGGGAAAUGGGAGUGCUUACAAAGGCUGCAGACAAAAAUAGAUCUGAUUUUAGACAUACACCCAGUAAAUAGUGCAUAAAUAAAUGUAAGCAUGUUUUUUUAUUUGGGCUGUAUAGACUAGAGAUUUCUUAUUUUUGUGUUUUUAGCCUAUGGGGUGUUUUAUUGUCAUCUUUAUGGGAGGAGAAUAUCUUGUGUUCCUUUAAUAGUAAUAAGUGGCAUAUACGUCCGCUUUCUUCCUGCUUUCGAUGUAAAAAAAAAAAAAAUACUAUGGAAUUUUUCUGUAAGACACUCACUAGAUUAUUGCAAGAAAAUUGCUGAGUUUGUACAUUCUUUGAACUUGAGUGGUAAAUGUUUAAUCUGAAUUGCGUACAGUACGUGAUGCAACUUUUUAAUAAUUUUUAUAUAUAUAUAUAUAUAUAUAUAUAUAUAUAUAUAUAUAUAGCACAAAGUUCAUUGAGCUGCUAUGAUUAUACUAAUGUUACCUGUUUUAAUGUUUGAAUGGGGAGCUUGAUAUCAAGAGCUAUUCGUCAUGGAUCUAGGCAGAGUUAAAGCCAAUGAUUAGUCUUGGGAACCUUUUCAAAGACCUAUCCGACUUAUUUGUUUGGUUUGGCCCUGUCAAUUUUCUCCGAUUGUGUUCUUCUUUUCUUCAUUUCUGAUCUAUUUCUCUUUUAAGCAUAAGUCAAAAAAGGUUCAAUGUGUUCAUAAAGAUCCGAUCUGUAGGAAAACUUCAAAUGCCCCUACCUUUUAAAGGGACAUUUUAAGCAUACCAACCAAUACAGCUCAUUGUAGUGACUAUAGUGCAAAGUGUCUUUGGGCACCUCAACAAAUUUUGUCAAAUGGUUUUGGAGCAGUGUAAAAAAAGGUCAGUGCCACUUUAGAAUGGCAUUCUAAGCACCAUAAAAGAAUGCCCAGGUUUACUUGAUGUUAUACUGUAUGUGCAUUAAUAUAUUCUUUUACGUCUUCUAGGGAAAGGGAAAUUAUUCAUAUCCAACAUGGCACAAAAUGUAAUUUCCCCAUGUGUAUUUUCCGAUGACGAGGAGAUGCCCGUCUUUGAAUCCACUGCAGCUGAUUGUGGGGUAGGAAUACGAAAGGACCUUCUUUCUGAUUUUUCUGUCAUCUCACCGGGUCUAGGACACCAUUCACAGGUGUGUAAGCGCAUUCACAGCUUUGCAUGCUACUGUCUGUGCUGUCUCCACACUUUUAAUUUUUAGCCACAUUAGAGGAACUCUUUGUGUCUGGUACAGAGAUAUGAUUGCAAUGCUAUUCAAGCAAAUUUCUUUUAUUUGAUGUGGGUGAAAUAAAUGUACAUUUUAAUUGUUCUUUGUAUGUAUGGUCCUUUAAACUUUUUUUUUUUUUUUUCUUUCUUGUAAAAACAUCACCAAGAAUUCCUUGGUUUUGCAAGAUUGGGUUUUACUUUCUUAUUUCCAGUGGUUGUUCUGUGGUAUUUCCUGUAGACCCCAAACAUCUAUGGUGCUUUCACAAUAGGACUUGGUGACAUUGUGCACGUCCAGUAGCAUAUGGCCAAAAUAUUGAAAGGAAAGUACUAGUUUUCUGAAGGGCAUUCCAGCAUGGCAAAUAUCUGAGCAGGAAUAGGCAACCUUCAGCACUCCUUAUGAUGUUCGCUAUAUCUCCCCUGAUUCUGAGAGAUGUAGUCCACAACACAGGGUGUGCUGAUGUUUGCCUUCCUCUGCUGUAGAGUAUCACAGAAAGUACUCUGCAUAAAUAUUAUCUGAGUUUGUAAUUACUUUCAAAAAGUAAACAAAUGCUGAAAAGUAUUAUAAACCGUUUCAAUUUAACUUGUAAUCAUUCGGGUGCAGUAUUACAAUUGUAUAAGCUUGGAUCUAGGAGGUCUGACUAUGGAUAAACGUGCAGUAAACUUGGUAUGUAAUUCACUGAAGAUUCUAAAUGUGAUGGAGGACUUAAGGAUUCUAAUUUCCUUCUUAAACUUUUCUGUGAGGUGAUCACACUUGCCUUUAAACUGUGCCAUCCAUCAAGAUCCACAUGUGAUGUCUACCUCAUAUGGGUUGCAAAUGAUCAGAAGGAUUGGGCUGCUAGCACAACUGAUCUUAAUGUUUGGGUUGAAGGUCAUGGGGGGACUGGAUACAUGUUGAAUGCUACCUUUUUCUGUUCCAAAUAAAUUAGAAUUUUGGUACUUUUUACUAUUUGUUUCUAUCUAAUAUAAAUUUGAAUCUUUUAUUUGCAGCUACUGCCAGAGGAAGGGAGCGAGAAGGUCCUGGUUUAUGUUAGGAUUAGGCCUUUUGUAGAUGGUGAGCUAGGGAAGAAAGAGGACCAGGUAAGGUUUUUCUUUCUUGCGAUCUUUUUUUUUUUUUUUGAGGGCAGAUGGCUUUAAAAACACUUGUAUUUAUUUAGUUCUAAUAAUUUUUCAUACAGGGUUGUGUUUUGGUAGAAAAUCAGGAGACUCUUGUGUUACGAGCUCCCAAGGAAUCCUUCACUAUGAAGAACACAGAACGUGGUAUGGGACAAAGUAUUCAUAAAUUCACUUUCUCUCAGGUAACUACAUAAAUAUUAUAUUCCUGUACACACAUGUAUGCUUUAUAAAGGAAGCUAACCCUUCCGUUCUCUCGUAUUUAAAGAUUUUUGGUCCAGAAGUGGAUCAGAAGCAGUUUUUUGAUGGAACUAUGAGGCGUGUCAUGAAAGAUGUACUCAAUGGGCAAAACUGGCUCGUCUACACUUACGGUGUCACAAACUCUGGCAAAACCUACACCAUUCAAGGUUUGUACUUUGAUAUCUUGCCCUCCCCCCAUUCACUUCACAAAUUACCAAUGUGUGAGAUUCAUGUUAUUAUUUUGUGUAUGUAAGGAUAUGUAAUUAUAACUUGCUAAACCUCUUUUCCAGGUAGUGCCAGGGAUGGGGGCAUUCUUCCUCGUUCUGUAGCACUCCUCUUCAACAGUGCCCACGAUCGUCUGUACAAAAGCUCAGAUCUCAAACCACUUUCCAAUGAAGUUAUAUGGCUGGAUAGCAAGCAAGUGCGUCAAGAAGAGCUAAAGAAGUUGUCUUUGCUCGCCAACAUUCGUGAGGUUGGUACACAGAGUGCUGAAAUGUCCCUUGAUUUUAUGUGCACACGGUUAACUGGUAUUUUAAAGGAUACCUGUUCUUACAUUUUAAUUUCUUUAGCUCAGAAAAGUGUGUGUGUGUGUGUGUGUGUGUAUUUUUGUGCACUAUGUAGCAAUUUCAUGUUGUACAUGUCUAGUUGCCUCAUUUAUUAUUUUUAUUUUCCUAAAUCUAAAAACCAAUAGAUCUGCUUCUUGAACUUGUAUUGAAAAAAUGCAAAACUUCUUAACUAUAUUUAGGCAUAUCUUAAAAUUUAUUUAUUUUUUUUUUUUUUUCAGGAAGAGCUUUUCAUUCCCUUGAAAAAUAGCAGCAACAAUUCUCCAAUUCCUGCAGGAACAAGUAUCAGCUUUGACAGUGGUAUUGGGGGUCUUUCUUCCACAAGUCAUGUCAAUCAUACAGGCAGUCAGCUGGAAGGUACCAUUGGAACUUUUACUCUAUUUUGAUCAAGAAGGAAUGCUGAUAUAUUAAAAGGGCAUUCCACACUGUUAGUUACCAAUAAUUGAGUGUGCCUUUUGAAAUUCAAACUUUUUAAUUUCUUUCCGUCAGAGUCCUGCUUACGUCUAGGUUACCAAGAUGCUGUUUCCAUGGAGGAACCAAUUGGUGUCCAGCUGUCCAUAUGGGUAUCCUAUUUUGAAAUUUACAAUGAGUUUGUGUACGAUUUACUGGAACCAUUACCUUCUGGGCCAAAUCGCAAACGUACAACACUGAGGUUAUGUGAGGACAGGAAUGGAAAUCCUUUUGUAAAAGGUAAUAUUUUUAAAUCAUUCUUUUCUAUUCUUAGUCCAACUCAGACUGCACCUAUAUGUUUAAAUUCAUCCCCUGUUAUAUAUGGAUCAUAACCUUUUCAUCUUUUUCUUCUGUCCCCCUCCCCCAUGCACACAUUUGUCUUUCGCUGGAUCUUGAGUGAACAUUUCCAUUAUAUAAAACCUACAGUCAAACAAAAAAAUGAGGAGCGCUUUAAAAAAAAAAAAUGAAUAAAUGAUACUUAUUAGUUGAUAUUAAUGUUGUUCUGUUUUGUGCAUAAAAAAUCGGUGGGAGGAAGCACACAGUGUGAUGUGACGUCUGGAAAUGGGCUGACUUUCAUUAACUUGUCAUGUGGCUGCACUGACACCCCAAUACAGCCAUUUUUGCUUCCAACCAUUUUUAUCGAUUUUAAUAUUUGUUCAAGAAAUCAAUUCUAAUUUAUUUUUUAAAUAUCCACAGCAUAUGGUACCCUUUGUUGCUGUCGUGACGUUUUGUUUUAGAGUGGCCAGGUUUUUAAAGUGUGUGUGUGUACACACACCACAAAAUCCUUGCAGUCUUGGGGAAGCAAUAUAGAUAAAGUAGAGGGAUGACCAGCACUCACUGUUUUUCCAAAAGUUGUAGACUUUAAUGUAAUUUCAUAUUUAAAAAAAAAAAAAAAGGACCGACGUUUCAGUCCACGUUUGGGAUUUAAAUCAGUAUGACGUGGACUGAAACGUCUGUCCUUUUUUAAUAUGAAAUUACAUUAACGUCUACAACUUUUGGGAAAACCGUGAGUGCUGGGGAUAUACAUACACAUAUAUAUAUAAUUUUUUUUUUUUUAAUUUUUUUUUUUUUUUUCACACUAUUAUUUCUGAACCAUAGUUGGUCCUCUGGUAUUUAGUGCAGCAUUUAUUAUACAUUGUCAUAAAUAUUUUAUUCAUCUACACAAUUAUUGCUAUUGUGUUUUUAUUUUUCAUGGAUAUCAACUGAUAAGUCUAUAAGAUUGGGGGGGGGUGUUGGGAAAGGGUUUAAUAAUUAUUUGCCUAAUUAACAAACAAAUGUAUUCAACAGAUCUCAACUGGAUUAAUGUCCACAGUGCGGAGGAAGCCUGGAAAAUCAUCCGGGUUGGAAGGAAAAAUCAGAGUAUUGCCAGCACUCACCUGAACCAGAAUUCCAGCAGAAGGUAAGACUAAGCUUGUAAGGCACUGGGUUUAUAAUCCAUGAGGAACAUUGUAAAUAAGUAAUAAUGAUUUUUAUUUUAUUUUUUCGCAUGAUGGUGCACUUUAAAUGUACAUGAGCCAUUGCAGGCAUACAUGUGUUAAAGGGGCUUAGUCAGUAGAAUCUCUAUGGAAAACAUGUACUGCACUGGCUUUUGAAUAAAAAAAAAAAAAACAUCCAAAGGAGUAGAGGUUAUGUACACUGAUUUUUGGGCAAUACGCAGUGCUUCAGUCAUCUUUCACCUGCCUCAUCUUGACAUUUGCCAUCAGCCAAUACUUGUGAUAGCUGAUGGGUGAUUAUAAUGCCAGUCUUGUCUAAUUGCACAUAGUUGAAGCACACAAAUGACUUUUUUUUUUUGUGAGGAGAUGUAAAAGAAGGCCUUGAUUGUGUGGGGUGAGGAGAUGGGAGGGAUCAGGGUAAUUUAAUGUAAUGAGUAAGCAAUCUUACACUGUCAUAUCUUUCUUUCAGCCAUAGCAUAUUCUCCAUUCGGAUUCUUCACUUGCAGGGUAAAAAUGAUAUGAACCCCAAGAUUAGCGAGUAAGUGUAACUGCAUACAUGCUAAUGUAUUCUUAUUUUUCUAACGCUUAAAAAAAACAAAUUUAAGUAAAUUCCCGCAAACAUUUUUUCUAUAAUUGGUCUUUCAGUUUAUUGCUGCUGGAAUGUAUUGCUUUUUAUUUAUUUUAAAGUCAAAUGUUAUGGUUGUGACUUGUAGCUUGCUCCUAAGUGGGAGUGGCUGAAAAAAGUUUUUGUCUGGCUCGAAUUGUCUAUAUAUUUGUAAGAUUUUUACCUUCAAUCGAGACUAUACUGUCACUAAUCUCUGAAUGUACACCAUUGGAAAAAAAAACUUAAGAAAUGACCUAUAGCUUGUGUUGGUUUGUGUUUCAUGAGCGGCUCAUUUAAAAAAAAUAAAAAUGUAACAAAUUACAUCAAGAUUUAGUUCAAACAAGGCUGUCAUGUGCAAAGGAGAGAGCUUAUAAUGAUUAUUGAUGGCACUAAGGUGGUGGCACACAGUUGCAUAAUAAAGGUGUGAUUUCACAGGUCACAAACACAUUUUUUUUAUUAAACGGAGGGAUAAAUAAACAUGGUAUUGAAAAUCCUGGUGAGCGCCCAUUCACUUUUAAGGAAAAGAUACAGCCUUCGUAGUAAGACUUAAAAUGAUUAGCUCUUCAAAUUUUGAAACCAUUGCUAAUUUUUAUGAAUGUUGUGAUGUUCUUUGUAGACUCUCUUUCUGUGACUUAGCUGGUUCGGAACGCUGCAAGGAUCAACGAAGCGGAGAUCGCCUUAAAGAGGCAACCAAUAUAAAUACAUCACUUCAUACACUGGGUCGAUGCAUCGCCGCACUGAGACAGAACCAGCAACAAAAGUAGGGGUCUAUCUUUCAAUGCCCUGAGAAUCUAACACUGGGCAAUAUUUGAACUUCAAUUUUAAAUGGUGGUUCUCUUAACCCAGUUGAGAUGAGUGGUUUGUUAUUGUAAUUAUUUUAUAUUAAAUAUAAAGACACUUAUGCUAUAUAUCUGCAGCAAACCCGCAUACUUUAAGAGUUUUAUAAAGAGACCCUAUACAAGUAAGAUUCAAUAACCAGCCUGUACUGUAGGUUUGUGCUGUGAAGCCAUGGCUUUAAAAAAAAAAAAAAAAAAAACAACUUUGUUGUAAUUGUUUCAGGCUGCGUCAGAACAUGGUUCCGUUCAGGGACAGCAAGCUGACACGUGUUUUCCAAGCAUAUUUUACUGGUCGAGGAAGGUCUUGCAUGAUUGUCAACAUUAACCAGUGUGCUUCCACGUAUGAUGAGACCCUACAUGCCAUGAAGUUCUCUGCUAUUGCAAGCCAGGUAUGAGAGUCUUGACGUGUGUAGGGUUUGUUUUUUCAUUUCCUUCCUGCUUAAGGACCAUUGAUGACUUGGAGGUGUAUUUGGUGACAAACUUCCAGUUGACAGCUGGUGUUGCUACACUUAUAUUGGUUACACUUUAGUUCAAUGCAGUUUUUCCCAUAAUGGUGGUGUGGAAUCACAGGGCUUUAUAUUGCCUUCUAUUCUAGCCACGAGUUCACUAGUUCAAUGCAAUGGACAUUUAAACCUUUUUAGGUUUUCCAACUCUCAUCCCUGUCAUCCUCCGCCAUCAUCCUCUCUAGUCAGUCACACAGUCUCCCCCUAUGUAUUUGUAUAUAGAACCUUUAUUCGAUUGUGGCUCUUCUCAAUGGGUUUAUGUUGUGUUUUUUUUUUUUUUUUUUAUUCAUUCAAUAAAAUUUAUAGUUUUUAACAUUUAUAUUAGCUUUAUAUUUCAAAGAACCUUUUGUGCCCAUUGGAUUUUUAUCCUAUGGACACUUGUGUACUUUCUGUAAUUGACUUGUGAUAUUGUUCCAUACGUUCUUAUACAACAUUGGAAACCUUAUUCUCCUUAAUGGCAAUGCUCUAUAGCAGUGGUUCCAAAACUUUUUAGAUUCAAGGCGCCCCCUUAAUAUUUCAGUAUAUUUCCAAGGCAACCCAAGUUAAAAUUUCUAGGUUGUAUAUCUGUACAGCGCUGCGGCGUUUACUGGCUCUAUAGUGUAAUGUACAGUGUUUGUUUGUGUUUGAAGGGGUGCUUGUAUACAUUUAUUGUGUUUUUAAUACAGGGUUGUGUUUGUAUGUAAUGUUUGCAUUUGAUUGCAGGGGCAUGUAUGAAUGUAAUGUUCACUUUUUUAAAUGUGGAUGUACAUUUGUGUGAAGGUGUGUGUCUCUCCCUCUCUCUUCAGAUAUUCAUGCACAUUAACACAUGUGCAUAUAAAUACACCGACACAUACACACUUUGGUUUUCAAACACUGUCUAUACCAAGGUGUAUAUCACUGAAAAAUGCUGUUCUAUUUUAACCCCUUAAGGACCAAACUUCUGGAAUAAAAGGGAAUCAUGACAUGUCAGACAUUUACAUUUGUUCGAAAAUAUGCUUCUAAUGUCUGUCACAUUGAGAGUCAAGAGACCAGGAAAUGCUUCUCAUUAGAUUGCUGGAGCAUGGUUAGUGCGCAUGCACCCUAUGCCCAGUGCUUGUCUGAAUACUAAAUUGGACAUGGAUCAACAAUUCUGAGUGCCUGAUGCGUGGAGACUGUCCCAGCAUUGGAUUACACAUAAGCUAUAGAAAGGAAACCAUGUCAUUUUAAAAAUAAACAUUUUAUUUUUAAAGUCUGAGGGUUCUUUUAGCAUUUUGGUCACUUGGCACUAAUCUUUAAAUACCUUCUUACACCUUCUCUACAGCUUGUUCAAGCUCCAGUAGUGAGAAUGAAUAUUCCAACCAUUCAUUCGCUUAUGAAGGAGAACAGCAUGCUGGCCAACCGUAGCUGCACAGAUGAAGAGGAUGCUGACUUAUCUGACAGAGAAAGUGAUGAUGAUGAUGCAGACAUUACAAUGUUUAAUCGAGAGGUCAGCACUAAUCCUCCUACGCAGAGCCGAUUUACUAUUUGGCGGUGGCUGUUUCAAUCUCUGGUCUUUUUUUUUCUUGCAGGAUCUGUUGAGAGUCAUUGAAAGCCUGAAAGAGCUUUUAACAAAAGAGCGGCAGGAGAAAUUUACAAUGGAAUUGAAUAUUCGUAGAGAGGUUUGUGAUGAGAUGAUGGAAAUGAUGCAGCAACAGAAAACACAGUACAGGUAAUGGCGUCUUCGAUAUUGGGUCAGACUUGUGUUUUUGUUUUAUAUAAUAAAGUUCCUGAUUCCUUACACUCUUUAUUAUAUAAGUUUUUUUUUUUUUUUUUUUAUUUAAUUGUAGUGACCUACUGGAAGACGAGAAAGGUCUCUUGGAGGAAAUGUAUGAUGAACGUUUGGAGAACCUUAAAGAAUCGCUCAGCAAUUAUUACAAACGGGAGUUAGAGGUAUGUGAAUUACAAUAGUGUUGCAAAAAAUAAAAUUUACAGUUUGUGUCCCUUUCCUAAAAGAAAAAUAGAUAUAUCUCUCUUGUUGCGAUUCUUUUUUUUUAAUUUUUUUUAUUUCCUCGUCCCCUAUAUGCAGGGGGGGUUGUCGUUCAGAUAAUAGGCAGUCGGGAUCUACUCUGGGCCUCUGCCUGUCCAUCAGUGGUUGUGGUCUGAUGUGGGGGGGAAGUUUUUAGAGUCCCUCAUAGUAAUGGCGAUGCAUUGGGGAAUGUCCCAAAAGUCUUUUGGUGGUCUUCUGGUCUGGUUCAGGUCGUGACCGCUGUGUAUUGUUCCACUUGAGGCCUCCUUGGCACGAACUCCGGUGCUCUGGUUGCAUCCCGCCCAAGGGGAUAUGUGGUUCUCGCUGGUGGUCCCGCUGGUUGAAUGGAAUUCAGGGGGAGGCCCAGAGUGCCUAAGACCUCCGUGGCUUCAUGUAUGUUGCUUACAGCGUGUGGCACGUCUCCCCUCAUGAUGUGUAGGACGUGAGCUGGGCCCCAGCGGUACCUGAUUUGGUUGGCUCGUAGCACUGCAGUAAACUGUUGUAGAGAUCUCCGCCAUGCUAAUGUUCCACUUGAGAGGUCUGGGAAAAAUGACAGGGUCAUGUUUUCAAAGGGGUAUGCCGAUUGCUCCCUGGUGGCCGCUAGGACUGCAGUUUUGUCCCUCAGGUUUUGAAAUUGGAGCACUAUGUCCCUAGAUGCGCUGGGUGGUGCCCUGGUCUGUCUCGGCAGGCGGAAUAUGCCAUCUAGCGUAAUCGCCCUGGCUGUUUUCGGGGGCAAGAGUGCGGUGAGGAGCCGCCUGGCAAAGUGUGGGAGCUCUGCGUCAGGGACUGAGUCAGCCACCCCCCUAACCUUUAGGUUUUUGUAGCGUCUUUUAUCUUCCUGUAAGGAGAAUCGCUGGUCCUGUAGUUGGUUCUGUUUUUGCAGUGCGCUUAUUGCAACUUGGAGCUCAGUUAUUUGAGUGGUAUGUGUUGUGGAGGUUCCCUCCACUGCCUGGAGACGGCCUGUCAAAUUUUUCAAAUCAUUUCUUAUCAUAGCCACAUCGGCCGCGAUUUUCCUAUGGUGCUCAGCCAUGAGGUCUCCUAUGGCUUCCAUAGUUACCGGCUUGGGGUCGUUCACGGGUGGCUGGGUCCGUGUCUGCACCGGUUGUUUUAAGGCUGGGGCUGGUGCUGGGUCUCCCUCCGUGUCGUCCGAGGACCCCUCGUAAAAAUCCGAGCAGCCGCCGUGCAGGGACGCCAUUUUGGAGCCCGCGGCUUCAUGAGCCUGCCGCCAGAGGUUCCCGAUAUCCAUGCCGGGUCGGGGCUUGUCCGGCUUUUGUUUUUUCAUUUUUCUCCCCAUGUGGUCCGGGGGGGUUCUGGGCUCACUUUGCGGUGGAUUCCGCCGAUGCCCAGGUGUGGAAAGGGUGAGUUUUGCUCUGGCUUAGUCCGGAGCUUCUCCGCCAUGCGUCCGUCUGCUUCCCUGGCUUAGCUCCGCCCCCGUAAAAAGUAUUUUUAAUCAGCUUGCAGAUCAUGUUGCUUGUAGUGCAACUGAUAGAUAUGUCAAGGAUUUUUUUUGAAUUUAUUUAUAUUUAUUUUUUUCCCUUGUGACAAAUGUGCGUAUACCCAGAGAUGUUCACUAAUAGGGUUUGAAUUGAGCUCUAUUUUCACAUUUUCUUUUUUAAAUAGGAACGAGAUGACCGGAUUGAGGAGCUUGAAGCCGCUCUGGAGGAAGCAAAAUCUGUGCCAAACACUUCGAUGUCUGUUGAAAGGGACACUGCUCCUUUGAGAAGAUCUAAGAGACUAGCUACUACCGACAACUCUGAAUUAGAAAGGCUGAAACAAGAACUUCUGUCUAUGAAAGCAGAAAUGCAGGCAAAGAAUGAAGGUGUGGUUGGCUUCUACUUACUCCUAAUGCCGUUAUUUUUUAUUUAACACAAUAUAAAGGCCAAGAUAUAAAUUUUUUUUUUUUUUUUUUUUGUUAGGAACAUUAAACAUAAACAGUGAGAAUUUAAUAAACUAUCCAGAGGUUAGCAUGUUUAUAAAGAUGAUCUUUAUUAUCUCUUAUGCACCUGACCUAGUUUUAAUAAUUGGACCCAUGUAAUUACUUUCUAGAUCUGCUACCCUAUCCAAUGUCUAACCACUCAAUGUGCCUUGCUAUUGAACUUCUGGCUUUUAAUGUGUACAUUUAUCAUAUAAUCCUUUUUUUUUUUUUUUUUUUGCAGAAAUUGAUAGGUAUAAGAAAAUGCGAGAGCCUCCUGUCUCUGCAAAGUCCUUUACUGUUGAUGUGGACAGGAAAAUUCUGGAGGGACAGAGGGUAAGUCACUUCAUGUAAAAUGUUUAAUGUAGCAAUGUAUCUGAGGCUUUAAUAAUAAAGAGGAUUUGCCAUUCACAUAUGUUGGAUAUCCGUUUCAGUACUGCAACGCUGCGCGUGCAGAACUGACCAUGAAAUGCCAAUUAUUUUAACCCCUUAAGGACACAUGACACAUGAAUGUCCUACAUUCCCAAUAGAAUGUAGGACCAAGCUCCUGAGGUAAUUAUUUAAACAUGAGAUGAAUACUGCUAGCCGAGGAAACUGGCAAGCCAUGUGUAAUUAAAAUAUUAGAGUGUCUUUGACCUUGGCUUAUUUUUUUUUUUUUUUUUUUUCCCCUUUUAAGUCCUGCACCCCUUUCUGAAACUUCACUGCUUGUGUUCAUAGAUGUGUGUUUUGUGUAAUUGUCUGUUACCAAGUUUGGUGCUGUCCUCUUUCUUUGUGAAACCUGUGAGUGCUCUAUGCAAAUUUCAUAAUAGUUCAUGUUUUGUUCACACCAGAAUCAUAACUCCAUUGCACUGGGUAUUAUACAUGGAAGAUUGUGCUAUCCUACCUGGUUAUGAGGGGACAGUGAAUUAAGAUAGAGGUCAAUGAUCUAUUGUGGGCAGGAAGAAAUGAGAUUGUCUUGUUUUUUUGUUUAAUUAUGCGUAUGGUGUUAGACUGUGGAUUGUUUAACCCCUUAAGGACACGUGACAUGUCAUGAUUCCCUUUUAUUCCAGAAGUUUGGUCCUUAAGGGGUUUAAGACCUAGCUGUGGGUUGUUUAAAGACCUAGGCUAGUCUGCAUGUUGAAUUUCAUGUAGGUCUGUGGAGGGGGGCACACCUUCUAUUUUUGAGUCUGUAAAUAUUUCCUGUGUUUUACUUUUCCAGCAUUAUGUUCUGGGCUCAUCUGUCAGGUGCACAGAAUAUCGGCAUACAAGAGCUCUUUGGGUAAUCUCCUUAUUGCCGGAUUCCUCCCUCCAUUGCCUCAAGAUUCUGGGGAGCUGAUAUGUACCGUUGCUUUAGCGAGUGGCUUUGCUUUUGCAUUCAGUUUCUCGAUAAUGGCAGAAAACGUUGAUCUAGAUCUACUGAUUCAUGUGCAUAUAUACAGUAUCUGGACAUUGUUUGCCUAUGUACUUGCAAUGCUUUCUGGGAUUAAAUCCAGAAAAUCUAAACUGUGUGAUGGUAAAUACAUAGAAAUAUAGGCUGGAGACUCCAUUCCAUCAAGGUUAAUCUUUCUUACAUUCAGACUAUUGUGUUCACCCAAAUACUUUGUGCAUGAUUAGGCAGCAUUGACGCUUAAUUAACCCUUCACAACUAACCAAUGUGUAUACCAGCUUUACAUGGGAUGGAGUCUGAUACAUCACUCCUUUUUGCAAUGGCAAUAGAGUAGAUCUCUACUACAUCAUUGACGCAAGAAAUGUAUGUGAGCACAUUUUGUAACUAUAACAAUUUAAAAAUGUGGCAUAGCAGACCACAAUCAGCAUUGAUGGAUUUUCUUGCAAAUUUUAAGAAAAGUGAUCUUGCAAAUGUUUAAACAAAUCUUUUGACAGAUUGUUGGGAAAGAAUUAAGUGCAGGAAAGAUUUGAGUAGAAGAAAUUCGCGGAGGCAAUGUAUUAGUUUAAAUAGUUGGGAACAGAUAAUACGACCAGUCUUAAAAAGCGCUUGCAGAUGAUUGGUAGUUUUACAGUUAAGUAGGAGAACCUAACUUGAAUCAUAAGGUACAUCUAGUUUAGGGUAAUGAGAUUUAAGAUACUGGGGAAUGUGACCAAUUUUAUUCUCAGCCAGGAAAAGCUUUGGCAGUAGUGAUGGGAUACAUCUCUGCUGUUCAGGGACAUUGUGGUACACAUCGUUAGAUGGUUUGUGUUUAUUGUUUAAGACAGAAUUGCAUAUAAUUGUUUUUGUAUCUACGCAUGCUGUUUCCAAAGCAGAGCUAUGCCGCUGUUUUUUCCGUUAAUUUGUUAAUCACAAUUUACAAAGUCCUGUUUUUUUUUUUUUUUUGAAAGGUUUUCAUUUUAACAUACAUGCUCCCCAGAACCUAAGGUACCACAUCCCGCUUUUGUUUGCAAAAAAAAAAUGCUUUUUUAAUUAUUUUUAAUAUAUUCUUUUUAUCUAUAUUUUUUUAUGGGUGAAAAUCUGAUGUCUGGGUAGCUCUAGGCAGUUCUGAUUUGGUGUGCAGGUGGACAGCAUGACUUAAAGAUUACGGAUAAUAUUCACUGUCACUUGCAUCUUUCCACAGAACGUGAGAUUGCUUCGGGGAGAAUUACAGAAAUUUGGCGACUCCUUGCAGCAAGUGGACAGAGCAUGCUGCCACACUACUGGAUCAGAGAAACUCCGGCAUGCACUUGGUAACUGCGAUGAGAUUUUAUCAAAGCAGGUAGGUUGAAGCGUCCUUUCCUACAUCUCUAGAUAAAUCAUGAGUAUAUCUGUAAUUAUAGAAGUGUUUGUGUAAAGCAAACAUUAUCUUGUAGGCAAACAAACCUUAAUUUGGUAUAUUUUAACCCUGUGCUGCCCAAACCAGUCUUCCCAGACAGACUAUGCAUUUGAUUAAGAGAUUAAAUGUUCUCGUUCUUUGUGCAACAAAUGCCUACUUAGCUUUAAUAUUCUUAGUCAUCUUGACCUCUCCUCCUGUGUCUCAUUCAAACUGAGCUAGUUUACGUGUAGAUAAUGGGUAAAUUGUUCAGAUAACUUUAAAAGUAUUAAGUUUUAAGCAACACUUACUAGAUUAGGGUUAAUGGAGAAUAUCCUGCGAUUGUACAUUUAAAAAAAAAAAAAUAGACACUGCCUUAUCAGAGAAAAGGCCAUGUUUAUAUUGCUGCCUAGGGACACGUCGUGGCAGUCACUCCGACUGCCACUAGAGGUGCUUCUGGGUCAGUGCUGCACAAUGUGCAUUACUGGCAAUCAGCAUCUGCAUAGAGGCACUGGAUGUUCCUCAUGGAGAUGCAUCUCUGAGGAGAUGCUAGGUAGCGCACGUAACGUUUUACAAAUUAGUUGAGAUCAUAACAUUUGAGUGCAGGUCAGCAAAAGGUAAGUAACAGAUUUAAGGAUGGCUGGAGACUUAAACAGUGCAUUUAAAGCUGUCUUCGUGGGAUUUGUGUGAUUGUUCCCACUAGUGUGUUCUAGCUGCAAUUAUUUUAGCGCCACAGAUUAUAUUAUUUUUUUUUCUUAGUCUCAGGAAAACAUGUUUGUUUUCAUGACCUAUACAGUGUUCCUUUAACCCCUUCAGGACCGAGGACGGUUCAGGACAGUCAUCAGCAUUUUUGCAUUGCUGACCGGUGACGGUCCUGGACCGUCCUAACAGUCUUAUGUACUUACCCAAUCGCCGUCGUUUCCCCGAUGGCGAUCGGUGUUGCUCCUGUUGUGGGAAGACUGCCUGCAGCCCAGACAGUCUCCCCAUGGCAGAUUAGGACCCCUGGGGCCAUGUGAUUGCUCAAGAGUGAUCACAUGGUCACAAUAGUGUCUGCCUGCAGGGGGACUACCUAUGCUGACAGGCAGUCUCCCUGCUAGUGUAAAAUCAUAAAAACAAUUCAAGUUAAUUAAAAAAGUGUGUAUAUAUAUGUAUGUGUGUGUGUAUGUGUGUAUGUAUGUGUAUGUAUGUGUGUAUGUGUGUGUAUGUGUAUGUAUGUGUAUGUAUGUAUAUAUAUAUAUAUAUAUAUGUAUAUAUAUGUAUGUGUGUAUGUGUAUAUAUAUGUAUAUAUGUGUGUGUAUGUAUAUAUGUGUGUGUGUGUAUAUCUAUCUCUAUGUAUAAAUAAAUAUAAAAUAAUACGAAAUAUGCAUAUGUCCAUAUACAAAAUUACAUAAAUAAUUAUAUAAAUAUAUAUACACGUAGACUUCAAAUAUAUAAAUAUGCAUAUCUAUUUAAAUUCUUUGUGCGUAUUUAUGUAAUAUUUUUACAUGGUUAAGUAAUUUUAUUGAUUGCAAUUUGAGGGACCUGCCUGCCAACUCAGGCCGACAGUCCAGAGAAUUUAAUUUGCUAGCACGGUAUUUAACCCUGUAACUUUCUAUGACACCCUAAAACCUGUACAUGGGGGUUACUGUUUUACUCGGGAGACUUUGCUGAACACAAAUAUUAGUGAUUCAAAACAGUAAAACAUUUCACAGCGAUGAUCUUGUCAGUGAAAGUGACUUUUGUUUUGCAUUUUUCACACACAGCACUUUUACUGAUGAUAUUGUUGCGAUGCGUUUUCCUGUUUUGAAACACUAAUAUUUGUGUUCAGCAAAGUCUCCGGAGUAUAACCGUAACCCUCCCCUUCCCCCCCACCCCAUUUAUAGGUUUUAUAGCGUUUUUGAAAGUUACAGGGUCAAAUAUUUUUACAUUGAAAAAGGCCAGGUUGCUUACAUUGCCCUUGAGAGUGUAUGGUAGCCCAGGAAUGAGAAUUACCCCCAUGAUGGCAUACCAUUUGCAAAGGAAGACAACCCAAAGAAUUGCAAAUGGGGUAUGUCCAGUCUUUUUUAGUAGCCACUUAGUCACAAACACUGGCCAAAAUUAGCAUUCAAUAUAGUUUUUUACUUUUUUUCCACACACAAACAAAUAUGAAUGUUAACUUUGGCUAGUGUUUGUGACUAAGUGGCUACUAAAAAAGAUUGGACAUACCCCAUAUAUAAUACCCUGGGUUGUCUACUUUAAAAAAAAAAAAUCAAAAAAAAAAAAAUCUACAUGUGGGGUGUUAUUCAGAGAUUUAUGACAGAUAAUAGUGUUACAAUGUCACUAUUGAUACAUUUUAAAAAUGUAUGUUUUGAAACCACAAUAUCUUACUUGUACCUAUAACUUGCAAAAUAAAAGAAAAAAAGCAUGUAAACACUGGGUAUUUUUAAACUCAGGACAAAAUGCUGAAUCUAUUUAGCAGUUUUUUUUUUGUUUUUUUUUUCAUUUCAAGUCCCUUUUUGUCCUGGAAAAAAAUAUAUAUAAUUUGAAUGGGAACCAUAAAUGAGAGAGCGGAAAAUUACAGCUAAACACAAACACCACAAAAGUAUAAAAAGAGGCCUGGUCGCAAAAACAGUCCAGUCCUUAAGGGGUUAAGUUCAAUACUAUGCUUGUAAUUUAAUUGCAUUACAUGUACACUUAUUAGUUCUGAUUUAUACUUUUAAUUUAUUAUAUUAUGCACACUUAGAAAUGGUAUUUCCAUACUGAUCCAUCAUGACUGGCUUCUUUUUGCUAUUCAUUAGGAGAAGACUCUAGCAGAACUUCAGAACAACAUGGUUCUGGUGAAAAUGGACCUGAAGAAGAAGGCAGUCUGCAUUGCUGAGCAAUAUCACACAGUGCAGAAACUACAGGGAACUCCGUCCGGUUUUAAACGCAUCUGCAAUAAUGAGAAUAUUCAGCCAAUACAAUCCACGGAAAAGAGACCUUUCCUCCGUAACUUGUUGAGCAGAACCCCAGGACAGAAAGGACUAACUGAAAAUGGCCCCUAUAGCAGGGUCCUUCGUGCUCGUAGAUCUCCUGUACUGAAGACUAUUGCCUUUGGUACAAAGUUUUGAGAAAUACCACUUUUUCCUCGUUUUGUUUUUAUCACUGCAUACUAAUGGCAACCAUGUUUUAUUUUAGUCUUUAUAUUCUUAUUUAGUCUGCUCUAACAAAGAUCUUAUGUAGACAGCUGCUUAUCUAUUUUUCCCUUUUUGUACAAAAUUAAACUAAUAUAAAGGGUAUGUUUUAUAUAAAGGUCUCGUGCAUGGCGAAACCAUUGCAUGAACAAAACCAGCUCAGAAGCUCAGCGGUGGUUGGCUGUUCUUGCUGAUUAAUGAAAACAAGGAGAAAAAAAAACCAAACAAUUGCAUAUUGUUUAAAUGUUUUUCAAAGUAUAAUACACUAGAGAAAAAUUAAUAGUGCCUAUCUUCAGUGUUCUAUAAACAUCUGUAUGCAAGUUUUCUUCGUUCUUCGAAUCUGGUAUGAAAGAAAAAAAAUAUAUGGACAGGUACACUUGGGUUGCGAUGCCAAAGACAGCUGCUAUAGGGAUUAUAUUGUCCAGUUCCUUCCCGUGACUGGUGGGAAAAGUCCUGUGAGAGAGACUGCAUAGAACCUUGCAUUGAAUCCCAUAGAGACUGUUCCAUAAAAUAUAGGAGUUGCCCAUUGUAUAAAAUCAUUAUGCCAUGCAAGAUGCCAGAUACUAAGUGGGUUUAAAUACCCUAAAACCAAGGCUUGGUGGCUGCCUGCUAUUUUGUAAAUACGUAAUAUUCUUUUGUUUUUAUAUAUCUCUAUAUAUAUUUUUUUAUUCUGUAUGCAUGAACCUUUGCUUAGCUAGCUGUGUACAAAUGUACCAAACUUUACUAUGCAUAGCUGGUGAAAGGGAUGCAAGCAAAUUUGAGCAUUUUAUUUUUAUAAAAUGUUUAACAUAUUUGCAUUUGAAAGCGGUUCAGUCAGUUGGCUAUUAAUUCACAUGUGCAAUAUUCCUGAUGUUUGGUUUGAAGAGUUUCUAAUAAAGCACAUUGUACAGCUCUAUGAGGCUUGUUUUGGUUGUUUUUGUACAUACCUGAUACACGUGUGUGUGUGUGUGUGUGUGUGUGUCUGUCUCUCUCUCUAUCGCUAUUGCUAUCGCUCUCUCCUUGGACUCAGGAAAUGCUUUAUGCUUAAAAUGACCCUUAAGACCAUAUAUGUCUAGUUCUGGGAGCAGAUAACCCCCACCUCAGAUUUCUCUUCUCUAAUCAUUCUGUUCUUUCUCAGAACUUAUUUGUUAUGUGUACAUGACGCUCAUCCGUAUGUCUUAUCUGUACUCUCUUCCUAUUACUGUUCUAAGAGUAUUUGCACGUAAGCACUUACUUUUUAAUGUAUAAAACCCAGCUGAUGAAUAAAAUGGCAGAGGCUUAUUUUGAAUACCA